AUGCAUACUCUAGUUGUCGGUACUUGGGCAUGGGGAGACAAAAAUAUAUGGGGUUGGAACAAAGAACUCGAUGUAAAAGCUAAAGAAGCUUUUGACAUGUCCUUGUCAAAAGGAAUUAAUACUUUUGAUACUGCUGAAAUUUAUGGAUUUGGUGAAAGUGAACGUUGCAUCGCUCGAUAUAAAGCUAAUCAACCAGUUGCUAGUACUAAAAAUAUUAUUAUUGCUACAAAAUUUCUUCCUCUUCCUUACAAAUUAUCUUAUCCAAGUUCAUUGAUCAAUGCACUUCGAGCAAUUGUUGGCAAUGCACUAGCUGAAACAGUUAAACUUGGUCUUACUAAGACUGUAGGUGUUUCCAACUAUUCUACAACUCAGACGAUCAAAAUGUAUGAUUGUUUACAAAAACAUAAUAUUCAACUUGCAUCGAAUCAAGUUGAAUUUUCACUUCUUCGACGUUCACCAGAGACAUCAGGACUUAUUACAGAAUGUCAUAAACGAGGUAUUGCUGUUCUGGGAUAUUCUCCACUUGCAAUGGGUCGUCUGACUGGUAAAUAUUCGCAAGCUAAUUCACUUCCUGCUAAUCGUAACCUCUCCAAAAUCAAUAUGGAUGAAUUGGAGCCAUUGUUGGAAUCAAUGCGUUGCAUUGCAGACAAACGUAAUGUUAGUGUCUCUUCUGUUGCGUUGAAUUACGUUAUUUGCAAAGGUGUUAUUCCUCUUGGUGGUGCUCGUAAUGGUAAGCAAGCUGAACAAAAUGCUGGUGCUUUAGGAUGGCGUUUGACGAAUGAGGAAAUUGCACGAUUGGAAACUCAUGAGCCUCGUGCUGUAUUUAUGGUGCGUGAUGAUGACUGGGAUUAUGCGCGUUCAGCUGGAGUGGCUAUAGACGAAAAUAGUUUUCUUUCAAUAGUAUUUGCAUCAAACAUCGGUAAACAUAUCGUUAAAUCUAAUGUUCAGAUUAAACCAAACGAAUGGUUCCAUAUUGUAUUGGUACAAGAACGACAAGCAGAUGCACGAACUCCUCAACAGAAUUUAUGGAUUAACGGUAAACUUGAGUUAACUAUUGAAGUACCAAUAGCUGCAUAUAGCAGUACAGCUACUGUUUCUCUUUUCUUAUGGAACAAAUGGAAGCGUUCUAUAGCUGACAUGUCAUUUUGGUCAAGACGUCUUCUACCAAUAGAAAUUCGCGCAAUCUAUGAACAGAAGAUAUCAAUUGAUAAAGUGGAUGUAGCGAAUUAUAUUUUUUGUCAUUUAAAGUGA